GUCCCACAGUUGCAAACCUGUGCAAAAAUAAUGUGAAUAAAGUAAGUGUUUGUGAAUGACACCCUUCGUUUGCUAGAUGUACUGAAAGCCUGCCAGGAGAAAUCAAGAGAAUCAGAAUAAGAUGGACAUCCAGGAUCAGGAUGCCACAGCCAGAUGGGAGGCUCUGGGCAGCCGCGACGCGAGAUCCAGAGGCGCAGCAAUGGAGCACAUCAGCCAGGAGGUGAUGCGGAGAGUGGAGAGUAUAGGGCCGAUACCAGGCGCAGUCCCCUCGCCUCUAGCUACUGCAGGGCACCCCACCAGCGACCUGAACGACAUCCUGGCCCGUCUACUCAUGCUGUCCAAGCGAUGCCCUUUCAUUGACGUCAAGGAGCGAUGUGUUUGGCUGCUGCAGAACGUCCAGGACUUAGGCGUUCGGAUCCCAAGAUCCCUGGGAAAUGGACCAAGUAGAUUUAUCCCUGAAAAAGAGAUCCUUCAAGUCAGUAAAGUAGACCCCAGGACACAAUCGAUAUUCGAGGACGCAUUUGCAGCACUGGGUCGCCUUGACAACAUCUCUUUGGUGAUGGGCUUCCACCCACAGUACCUGGAGAGCUUCCUGAGGACACAGCACUACCUGCUGCAGAUGGACGGGCCCUUAUCCCUGCACUACCGCCACUACAUAGGCAUCAUGGCUGCGGCCAGACACCAGUGCUCCUACCUGGUCAACCUGCACGUCAACGACUUCCUCCAGGUGGGAGGGGACUCCAAGUGGCUGAAUGGCCUGGACGGAGCCCCACAGAAGCUGCAGGCCCUCGGGGAGCUCAACAAGAUCCUGGCCCACCGGCCCUGGCUCCUCACCAAGGCACACAUCGAGCACUUGCUGAAGGCUGAAGAACAUAGCUGGUCCCUGGCUGAGCUGAUCCAUGCUGUGGUGCUCCUAACGAACUACCACUCUCUGGCCUCCUUUACCUUUGGCUGUGGCAUCACCCCAGAGAUCCACAGUAACGGGGGGCACACCUUCAGACCCCCCUCCCUCAGCCAGUACUGCGUCUGCGACAUCGCCAACGGCAAUGGGCACGGCCACCUGGAGGAGAGGAGAGGCAACCACCAGGUGUCGGAGGUGUCUGGUGAGGUGGAGGUGCUGAUGGAGAGGAUGAAGCAGCUUCAGGAGUGUCGUGAUGAAGAGGAAGCCAGUCAGGAGGAGAUGGCCACACGCUUCGAGAGGGAGAAGACAGAGAGCAUGCUGGUGGCCACGGCAGAGGACGAGGAGUGUGUGCCGUCCAGAGACGUGUCCAGGCACUUUGAAGACCCCAGCUACGGCUACAAGGACUUCUCCAGGAGAGGAGAACAUGUACCCACCUUCAGAGUGCAGGACUACAGUUGGGAGGACCACGGCUACUCCCUGGUGAACCGUCUGUACCCUGACGUUGGUCAGCUGUUGGAUGAGAAGUUCCAGAUGGCCUACAACCUGACCUACAACACCAUGGCCAUGCACAAAGACGUGGACACCUCCAUGCUCCGCAGGGCUAUCUGGAACUACAUCCACUGCAUGUUCGGCAUCAGGUAUGACGACUAUGACUACGGGGAGAUCAACCAGCUGUUGGACCGCAGCUUUAAGGUCUAUAUUAAGACCAUGGUGUGCAGCCCGGAGAAGACCACCAAACGAAUGUACGAGAGCUUCUGGAGACAGUUCCAGCACUCCGAGAAGGUCCAUGUCAAUCUGCUUCUUAUGGAAGCGCGCAUGCAGGCAGAACUGCUCUACGCUCUGAGAGCGAUCACCCGUUACAUGACAUGAAGUGCUUUUGGUGUUUUGUUGUUUUUUACUGUCAUUGUCUUUGCUGUUGUGGGACACAUCAGAAGAAAAAAACCAACGGGGGAAAACAGAAAAGAGAGGGAAGGACUGAAAGGAGCCCCGUCCGUCGCCACGAAGCUCGUCCUCGUGAUGUGGAAAGAAAAACGAACAGAACAAAUGAAAGAGAGAACAAAAAAAGCAAAUGAAAGAAGAAGACAAAAAAAGAACUGCAAAAAGAAAAGUCAUCUCAACCCACCUGUGGAAAGAUAAACUGUCCUCUUUACCCGCGGUGCCAAAACUCACCAUGAGGGGCAGCCUGGAGCAGACACUCUCUGCUGGGCCAGAGGAAAGAAACAGAAGACACAGGCCACCCUUCCAGUAUUCCAAUACACCUCAGUGGUUGAUGUCAAUAGAAUCUCCGUAUAGUGUGAAAACCCACAGUAAAUCUCCAGAAAGCAAAGCAGUGCACCAGUCUGCACUCGAUAAUAUAGUCACUGUUUUUUGUUUAAUAUAUUUUUAUUUAGGGUUUUUUUUGUAUUAAGAGAAGUUGUUAUCAUCAUGUGGUUGUUGUUAUUGCGGUAACUGGAGAUGAUGGAAGCAUUAUUCGGGCUGUGUGUUAAAAGUGUGCCUGGUUAUGUCAUACAGCACAUCAUAGGGUGUAGAGGUGAUGCCUGAUACUGCUGCUCAUGUAAGCAGGGGGUCAUAUUGACCCUCCAACCUCCCCCACCCCCUAAGAACCCACAGCAUUACCCCCCCUCCCCUUCCCCAAUACCCCCCACCCUGAAACUGUUUGUGUAAGCUAACCCAAGAAGUGUGUGAAAACGGAGAGGUGUUGGAAAAACUAAAAAUGAACGCUGUCUGAGCCCUAUUUAGUUAGACUGUACGUAUGAUGAACCCAUUCUGUAUGAGAGACGGCUGUCUGUGACAAAUAUCAUGUGUGGAUAUGUGUGUGUGACUCUGUGUGUUUUACAGAAAAUAUCAAGAAAAAAAGUAUGUUGAAAUUUCAAGCUAAAAAAAAAAAGAAGUAAGAAAGCGAGACAAUUUGAAGGAUGAAACUUCUUGCCUCUGCUGUAUCUCCUUCCGUGUGGUGAAUGUUACAUGUAUUAGUUUUGUUUCUGGUAAGAAGCUUUGUCCUGUAAGGAAAAAAACAUGAAAGCUAAAACAAAAAGAAAGAAAAAAAUAUAAAAACUGGUCUUCCACGGGAUUGGGGAUUGGCUUCCGGUUGUCAUAACAAUGACCUCACCUGUCUGUCUUCCGCUCGCCCUUUGACCCUGGCCUGGGCAUCCUAACACUUUCAAAGCUUUGGAUUGUGAAUUGUACCAGUAAAUAAAUACUUUUUUCUCUACUAUCACAUUAAGAAGUGCUCUUUGGCGAGCAGAAUGACUCUUUAUAUCUCUGGGUCGCUUGGCUUCCAUUCGUAGGGAGCCCGGUUGGUCCUCACUGGACCGACUGGCCGAUACGGUCCGACCGCAGUCGGUCAUAGCUGUGCUUGUUCCCUCUGUGGGAGCCUAACCAGUGCAAAAGCACCUUUUUUUUAACGAGGGGUGGACCCUCCACCCUUUUAUUUUUUUUGGACUAAAAAACAGUAAAAUACUGCAUUCUACUGAGGGUGGAUUGAGACAGUUGGACAGUUGAAUGAUUGUUUGACAUUAAGAGGAGGAGGAAGAUGAUGAUUAUGGAAUGGUACAUUAUUUGGGGGUGGUUGUGAGAGGAAGAGUUGAGGUUUUAUCAAACUUCUGAUUGAUGUCAGUUACUGAAACCUUUUAUAUAAAAAAAAUGAUGAAAUAUCAAAGAAAAAAAUAAAAUAUGUCCUUGAA